UCUUUUCUGAUGCUGUAGAGCAGCUGACAUGUCGUGAUUUCCUUCCCGGAUAUUUCCUGUCCUCUGCUUCCUUUCAGAGGAAGAGGAGGAGGAGGAAGAGGAGGGCGGACUCUCAGCAUCCUCCAGCCUCCGCCCGCCGCUCUGGCUCUGCCUCCAUCCACACGGCGCUGGAUCAGACCUGCAGGGGGUGGGGGGCAGAAAAACACACUGCGGAAAGAGGGCGAUGGCCGCCGGAGGAGGAUGCGGGGAAUCGGUGGAUCAGUACCGGGCCGAGGUGGAGAGGCUCACGCAGGAGCUGGCCGAGGCCAACAGGGAGAAGAUCCGGGCUGCGGAGUGCGGGCUGGCCGUCCUGGAGGAGAAUCAGGCGCUGAAGCAGAAAUAUGCGGAGCUGGAAACCGACCAGGAGAUCCUCCGGAAGGAGCUGGAGCAGCUACAGGAGGCGUUCGGUCAGGCCUACACCAACCAGCGCAAGGUGGCAGAGGAUGGAGAGACCAUUGAGGAGACGCUGCUGCAGGAGUCAGCCUCCAAGGAGGCGUAUUACAUGGGCCGGCUGCUGGAGCUGCAGACGGAGGUGACGCUGAGCCGCUCGGUGGCGUCCAACGCUCAGGCGGAGAGCGAGAGGCUCAACGCGCUUCUGCAGGAGCUGCGAGAGAGCAACGAGAUGCUGGACCUGCAGCGCAGCAGGAUGAGGGAGGAGAUCAAGGAGUAUAAGUUCAGGGAGACGCGUCUCCUCCAGGAUUACAGCGAGCUGGAGGAGGAGAACAUCACCCUGCAGAAGCUGGUCUCCACGCUCAAGCAGAGCCAGGUGGAGUAUGAGGGGCUGAAACACGAAAUCAAAGUCCUGGAGGAGGAGACGGUUCUCCUGAACAGCCAGCUGGAGGACGCGCUGCGUCUGAAGGACAUCUCUGAGGGCCAGCUGGAGGAAGCGCUGGACGCCCUGAAGACGGAGCGCGAGCAGAAGAACAACCUGAGGAAGGAGCUGGCCCACCACAUCAGCCUGAGCGACAGCGUGUACGGGGCCGGGGCCCACCUGGCGCUCACCGUCACCGGCGUCGAGGGCCUCAAGUUCACCGAGGAGACCGGCAGCGGCAACGUUCCCAACGGCGGCGCCAUCCCUGCUGCCAACGGCAACAUGGAGGACAGCAACCGCUGCAACGGCCACCUGCACCACGGCCCCGUCCUGGCCAAGGCCGGCGACUACCGCGCCGGCAGGAAGGCGGACGGCCUGGUGCCGGACCUGUUCAGUGAGCUCAACCUGUCCGAGAUGCAGAAGCUGAAGCAGCAGCUGCUGCAGGUGGAGCGUGAGAAGGCGGGUCUGCUGAUGACCCUGCAGGAGUCGCAGACCCAGCUGCAGCACACGCAGGGCGCCCUGACCGAGCAGAACGAGCGCGUCCAUCGCCUCACCGAACACGUCAACGCCCUCAAACACCUGAACGCCGACAAGGAGCUGGACGACCCGCAGGAGAGCGAGAAGCCCGACGGCGGCUCCCCGUCGCCGUCGUCCAACGGCCGCCUCGACCCAGACAUCCACGGGUUUGAGAUCCUGGAGUGUAAGUACAAGGUGGCGGUGACGGAGGUGAUCGACCUGAAGGCCGAGCUCAAAGUCUUAAAGGAGAAGUACAACCAGGCGGUGGAGGGCCAGGGAGACUGCCACAACGACGACCGGGUCCAGGCGCUGACUGAGCAGGUUUCCCAUUUGGAGCGGAGCUACCGGGACAGCCGGGAGCGCGUGGCCGGGCUGGAGGCCGAGCUGCGCGCCGCAUCAAACACGGCGACGGAGAGCCAGAGCAUGCUGAACGCAGCGCAGGACGAGCUGGUGACCUUCAGCGAGGAGCUGGCGCAGCUCUACCACCACGUCUGCCUCUGCAACAACGAGACGCCCAACCGCGUCAUGCUGGAUUACUACCGGCAGAGUCGCAUCACCCGCAGCGGCAGCCUGAAGGGCCCCGAGGAUCCGCGGGCGCUCCUGUCUCCCCGCCUGGCGCGCCGCCUCGCCGCCGCGUCCGCGGCCUGCUCGUCCGACUCCCCGCGCAGCCCAAUGGACUCGCCGUCCAGAGACGCCCACCACAGCAACGCGGCGGGCAACGUGGCGGACUCGUCGUCCUGCCACAGCAGCCCCAUCCACAACAUCAGCGGCUCGCCCUCCAUCAAUAUCCCGCUGCCGUCUCCGGUGCCGUCGGAUGCGGGCGGCGACCUGCGGAGGGAGCCGAUGAACAUCUACAACCUGAACGCCAUCAUCCGAGACCAGAUCAAGCAUCUGCAGCGGGCCGUGGACCGCUCGCUGCAGCUGUCCCGGCAGAGAGCUGCAGCCAGGGAGAUGGCCACCAUGCUGGACAAGGACAAGGAGUCAUGCAUGGAGGAAAUCCUGAAGCUCAAGUCGCUGCUCAGCACCAAGAGGGAGCAGAUCGCCACGCUGCGGCUCGUCCUCAAGGCCAAUAAACAGACAGCAGAAAAUGCCUUGGCUAACCUGAAGAGCAAAUAUGAGAAUGAAAAGUCAGUGGUGACAGAGACCAUGAUGAAGCUGAGGAACGAACUGAAAGCUCUGAAGGAAGACGCUGCCACCUUCUCCUCUCUCAGAGCCAUGUUCGCCACGAGGUGUGAUGAGUAUGUCACCCAGCUGGACGAGAUGCAGAGGCAGCUGGCUGCAGCAGAGGACGAGAAGAAGACGCUCAACUCCCUCCUCAGGAUGGCGAUCCAGCAGAAACUGGCCCUGACGCAGCGCCUGGAGGACCUGGAGUUCGACCACGAGCAGAUUCACCGCGGCCGCGGCGCCAAAGUGCCCAAGAUAAAAAGCAGCCCACCCAAAUUUUUUGUAGAUUGUCAGCAGCCUUCUGCCUCAGUAUCGACAUUCUCCCCACAACUAAGGCGAGGGAGAGCCUCGUUGGCCCGCAGUCGUAAAUUUCUGGAAUACCAAGCGGUCUUGUCCAGCAGUCGCAGCCUUCUCUCGCCGUGCGACCCGCGUAGCUGCAUGGCCCACCAGCCUCAACCCCCCGGCACCUAGCCCCGCCCCCGGCACCUAGCCCCGCCCCCGGCCCGCCCGUAGGAGCCAUGCAGAGGCAAACACGCCCUGGAUGAGGGAGGGGCCUCCUCUUCCCUCACUGGACUCUGUCCCCCACCCCGGCCGGGCCCGGUCCGGUUCUGGCCCGUUCUAGCCGGUUUCUGACCUGGUUCUAGCCGGGUUCUGUUGGGCCUCCCGGCUAUCUGGGUCGUAGAAGAGACGCAGGAUGCGCUCCCCGUCUUCUGGGUGCGACUUCCUGCAGGACUGACCGGCAGAAAUGCUGCUGACGCUGAACUGGAAUCUUUCCAUUAGUUCACUGUUAUUUAUUAAUAAUUUAUUGACUAUUUAUUAUUUACGGGAUUUAAUAAUGGUUGUAUGUUUUUCUUCUGUAUUAUGUUUUUUAUAAGAAUUCAUUCCUGCUGUGGAGUCGAAGUAAUCGGUUUCACAGAUUCACUUUUUUGUUCUUCCAUCAAAAAUUCAACAAAAAUAAACGUUUGAUUUGGACGUUUUCUAGAAAAAAGCGUAUCUAGUUAAUCCAUAUAGAAUUUUGUGAGAAUAACAACCAAAUAAAUCAUGUAUGGAGUUUUUUUUACACAGUAGCUCUGAGACACUUUGGCUCGGCGGUUCCAGGGAACUAAUAACAAGAAAAGGUUUCGUGUUUGUGACUUUUGAUUCCAGCUGUUUUUCUUUCACAGGUUUUUCUUGCGAUGCUUAUUUAUGAAUUAUUUUGACAUUUUUAAGUUAGGUACACAAAGACUGUUUUAUAUCACUCCUUGUUUAUUUAUGACACAUUUUUUACAGUGGGUCCUGGUGAUGCUUGCAGCUCAGCUCUCAGAAACUGAGUGGAUUUGUUCAGGCUUUUUGAGCUGCUUUUCAUUUUGAAUUGCACAAGUUGAAAUGAAGGUCUCUGUUAUCUACUCUGUAUUUUCCUCGUUGAGUAUUUUCGGACUUUCUCGCUGCGGUAGAAAGCUCUCAUGCUACUGAUUCUUUUCCUCAUUGUGACACAGAGAGAAAAAACUUUGGGGUCCAUUUUUAGAGUCAAAUAUUACCAGCAUGUUUUCAUCAUGUUAUAUAUUCAUUUAUAAAUGUCAGUUACUUAGCAAGCUAAAUGUUCAGCCCAAAACUAACCAUUUAGCUCUGAGCUAGCUUCAUAUUUAGUUUAAAAUUAAAUAGCUUGGUAACAAAAUAUUUAGUUUUACAUUAAAUGGGUACCUUACUUACUGAGUUUUUUAAAGCUAAAUAUUUAGUUUAGUUUUAAUUUAAAUAUUCACCUUGAUCACUACAUAUUUAGAUCCAAGCUAAAGAAUUUACUUAAUAUUUAGCUUGGAGCUAAUUAUAUCAACCAAAUAAUUAGCUUGCCAAAUAAUAUUAACAUUUAUAAAUGAAUGAAUAACAUGGUGAGAAUAUGACUGUUCAGUGAACUGCCAUGUUUUUCUCUUCUGACAGGCUAAAUAAAUCUAAUAAUUGCGUUAAUUUUUGACAGUAAGUUUAAAAGCUGCCCCUCGUGUUGCCGUCUCCCUUUGCUUCCCCAGACAGGAUGCAGUACAGCACAAGCACAAUUCUGCACUAUGCAUUUGAGCAAUACAGCAGCAGCAGCAGCAGCAGCAAUCACAGGCUGCAGCAAUCACAGGCUGAUCUGGGGGAAACCUUUCUGUCAUUAAACUGUGUGGGAAGGUUAAAGCAACAGAGAGUUCCAGAUAAGAAAGAAAUUAAUUUUCUGUUACAAAACUAAAGCUUUGUCUCCUUUUGAGACGCAGAAAAUGUGGCAACUGCAAGGAAAGUUUCAUUUUUCUGCACCUUCCCAACAUUCUCAUGAUUAUUAUGUCCUAAGUUAAAUAUUUCCAGCCUGAUCCUCCACAGCCAGAGUUGGUGUGUUGGAGGAAACCAUUGACUGGACAUUGUUCACUUGUUCACCACAGAUUGAUACUUUUGCAACUCCAGAGUGAUGAAGAGGCAGCAGCUGGAUCUGUGCUGACUCGUUAAGAGAGAGAGACUAACCGGGUUCCUGGAAACAACAGGAACAGGAAUGCUUGCAGUUUGCUGGGACAUUGUGGGUUUUACAGUUUCUCCACCAUUUGAAACAGUGUUAAACUGGAUACACAAGCAAAUAAAAUAUUUCUCCUUUG